GAACUGCGCAGGGCAAAAGCGAUCCUCUAACCGGGGGUAGACAGCUACUGUCCUGGGUAAUUACAUUUCGGCGUCACAAAAGACAAAACAUUUCACUUCAUUUCGUUUUAAUUCAGGCCCGUAAAUCCAGAAAUAAGGAUAUUAACCGACACUGAUCGGAUGUUGCGUGAUUUCAAGAACUAGAAUUAACCCACAAGAGCAAGAAAUUACAGGGGGAAAAAACGAGCAGAAGUUCACCGAAGUUUCUCAGUAUUCAUCAUGGAGGAGAAGAAGGAGGAGAGCGAAGCGGAGAUCCACGAACACGGACCCGAACACUGGUUCUCCAAAUGGGAGCGCCAAUGCCUGGCAGAGGCCGAAAGAGAAGAGCCGAACGAGGAGGCGGUGGACCAGAACCAGGAACAACUCUGGCAUCUCUUCCAGAAUUCCGCUACGGCGGUGGCGCAACUUUAUAAAGAUCGAGUCUGUCAUCAGCAAGGACUGUCAUUGUGGUCUCCGUUUCAGAACGCUGCAACAGCUGUGACUAAUCUUUACAAAGAGAGUGUUGAUGCACAUAAGAGAAGCUUUGACUUAGGAAUCCAGAUUGGUCAUCAGCGACGUAUUAAAGAUGUUUUGGCCUGGGUCAAAAAGCGAAGGAGAACUAUACGAAGGGAAGAUUUGAUAAGUUUCCUUUGUGGUAAAGCGCCACCACCAAGGACUUCUAGAGCUGCCCCCAAACUGACUGUCCAUUCUCCUAACCGACCACCUUCAUCGGACUCCGUAUCAUCUGUAGAGACUGAUUUACAGCCCUUCUGUGAGGCCAUAGCACUACAUGGUCUAAGUGGAGCAAUGGCCGGCAUCAGUGUCCGCUCAAGCACUCCCGGAUCUCCGACUCACGUCAGCGGCAGCUCAAAUGCAGGGCGCAGACGGAAUGGACUGCACGAUGUGGACUUGAACACUUUCAUAUCGGAGGAGAUGGCCCUCCACCUUGGCAGCGCGGGCAGCAGGAAGCGGACCUCGGUCCAGUGCGCAGACGUCAUUACAGACUCCCCAACCCAUAAACGCAACAGAAUGCUCUGAGCUCAGUUCUUGUUCUGUAUGCUUUGUUUGAAAUAAAAGCCACUUAAUCCUCAA